UCCCAUCCCAUUCAAAUUGAUAGCCAACAUCUCUCACUACAAACACUCUCUCACCCUUUCAUACUCUUCUCGUGCUUUUUCAUCUUCUGAAAAUUACGCACAGAAGAAAAAAAAGGAGUGGGAAGAACUAUGGCUUGGAUAGCUGUGUUAAACACAUCUAUUAUGUCAAUAAGAAGCAAAGAACGCAGUUCUCCAUUGAUGCCGUCCGAUGGGCUGCUGCCACUAUUGGGUGGCAACAAGAUGGCAUCUUUGUUGAUGGGAAGACGAAAAAACUCUUCUUUUUCUUCCUCUUCUUCCACUUCCUUCUAUCUCAAUAACCCCAAGGUCAUGUCCAUGGCUUUCCCCACCGCCAUGGCUCCGAAACGAGAGAAAGAUCCCAAGAAGAGGAUAGUAAUAACAGGGAUGGGCUUAGUUUCAGUCUUCGGAACCAAUACAGACGAAUUCUAUAACAAGCUUUUAGAAGGACAGAGCGGCGUAAGCUACAUAGACCGGUUCGACGCCUCGUCAUUUUCCGUUCAAUUUGGCGGUCAGAUUCGAAAUUUCUCUUCCAGCAAAUAUAUUGAUGCAAAGAAUGAGCGCAGGCUCGAUGACAGUUGGAGAUACUGCAUUGUUGCAGCUCGAAAAGCUCUUGAAGAUGCAGGACUUGUUAAUGAAGCCUUAGACUCGGGGAAAAAGUCAAGAGCAGGGGUUCUAAUCGGAUCAGGAUUGGGGGGCUUGAAGGUUUAUAGUGAUGGAGUUGAUGCUUUUACUGGGAAUAACUACAAGAAAAUUACUCCAUUUUUUAUUCCUUAUUCCAUAACAAACAUGGGGUCGGCAUUAUUAGCCUUAGAUGCAGGUUUGAUGGGACCAAACUACUCAAUUUCUACAGCGUGUGCCACAGCAAAUUGCUGCAUCUAUUCUGCUGCUAAUCACAUUAGGAGGGGUGAAGCUGAUAUCAUGGUUACAGGGGGGACUGAAGCACCCAUCCUACCUAUUGGAAUAGGUGGUUUCAUAGCUUGCAGGGCUCUGUCUCAGAGGAACAAUGAACCAGAGAAGGCUUCCAGGCCGUGGGACAAAGACCGCGAUGGCUUCGUCAUGGGAGAGGGAUCUGGUAUUUUGGUAAUCUUCUAACAAUAUUGACUAAUUAGCUUUGAUCCCCAUUUAUGAACAGGAGUGGACUCAUCUUGCUGUUAGAGAAUAAGAGGCUAUCUGUCUGCAUAUUAACUGCUGACGCAAAUCUCAAAAAAACUCAGCAGCGAAGACAGGAAAAAUUAUUACAUCAGGUCAGGACUCUACAUGUGCCCGAUAAUACAAGGGAAUAUUCUCUUCGUAUUAUUCAGAUGUUUUUGUGUGUUAUUCAUGUGUUAUUGUGUGUUUUUCAAGUAUUAUUGAUGUGUUAUUAUCUUAUUAUAAUACCGAGAAUAUUCCCAUAACACAAUAACACCUGAAUAAUAUACAAUAAUACCUGAAUAACACACAAUAAGACAUGAAUAAUACGAGAGAAAUAUUGCCUUGUGCUACCGGACCGAUCACCUCCACGACGUAAUUUCAUUGGACUCCGCACGUAACUCUACGUGUGAAGUCCUGAUGUAAUAGUUUUUUCGAAGACAGUGGUCAAUGAGGAAUUAUAUCAAAGAGUAAGAUUUGAAUGGUUCAUUCAACGAUUGACCGCUCAGUUGAAGUCAACCGGCAUAUUAUGACAAAAGACCCAAUUGGCGGGCCAUGCUCGUAGACUUGAUCUCCUUGUAAGAGCGCUCAAUCGUAGCUAGUCGGCCGAUCGAUUAUUUUGUUUGACAGACGCGACCACCGUCCGACCGAUGACCCCAGUUGACCGAAUUAAAUUGCGUCAAUCAGUCGGUUAAUGCUAUAGUCAAAUUCAAAUUUUUUAUACAUAUUAGGUACAAGAUCAACACAAUUAAUCACACUAAGAGAGAUCUUCAUAACAGUCCCACUUUUUCUAUAAUUGUAUGAAUAUGCCUCUAUAAAUUAGAGGCAAAAAAUAAAUAGACUAUUCCCCUGUUCCACUAUA